GAGCAGCUCAUUGCGGGGUCGGCGGCCGGCCUCUUCCAAGUGUCGUUCGCGGCGCCGGCCGAGCUCGUCAAGAUCACCAUGCAAGUCAACAACUACCCAAGCACGUACUCGUCCAUCACGUGCGCCAAGGACAUUUGGGCAAGCCAAGGCAUGAAGGGCCUCUACCGCGGGUGGCAGCUCAACAUGCUCCGUGACGUGCCCGCGUUUGGCUCGUACUUUUACUCGUACGAGCUGCUCAAGCACUGGCUCACGGACGGCUGUGCCGAAAACGAGACAACUAUGAACCUCCUUCUCGCCGGCGGCUCGGCGGGCUCGAUCUCAUGGAUGGUCACGCAGCCCAUUGACGUCGUCAAGACGCUGGUGCAGAGCCAGCCGGCAACGUCGCCGCUCUCGGCCCUCGACGUCGUCAAGCACCACUACAAGCUCGAAGGAGCCGGCUUUCUCUUCCGCGGCUUUGGCGCGACGAUCCUCCGCGCAUUUCCCGUCUCGGCCGUCACGUUCUUGGUGUACGAGCGCUCGAUGCAGUACAUGAAUUUGGACUUUGAGUACGCGGCCAACGUCGAGACGCAGUAAGACAUGUUGCGCUAAGGUAGUAGUAUAAUGUACAGCGCGAAGAAAGUAAAAAUUGAAAUAUAAAAUGGCGCCGCAAAGCACUCGAUCCGAA